AUGUUAAGUCGUGACAGUUUGCAGACAAUUAGAGCAGAACGACGUGCAGGACGUCUAAAGUGCAACGUGAAAGAACCGUCUAUGCCCGAGUUUGGAAUUAGAGUCGUUAAUAAGCCAAUUCUAACUGUAAGCACACUUUCUGUGACUGUUCGAUUGAGACAUCUCUGGCAUGGAAGAUCUUAUGCCUCUGCCAGCAUAGCUCGCAACCGAUAUGGGCAUGCAAGCCCCUCCUCCAUGACAACAGCGCUUGCGUGGAUUGCCGCAAUAGGGAUGAACCAAAGUAUUUUUGGAGUGUUUUACGACAUUUCGUUAUUAGUUUCGGCUAGCUAA